UAGCUGCCGCAAGUCACAAUCUGAUCGCAAUCAGAAAUCAACAGCCGGCAAGACCUGUUGUGCCUCGGAGACAAUGCGCGGGGGUCCGGGGGUGUUGUGCAUGUAGAUGAGGCUGGGAGUAUCACACCGAGCCAGCACCCAGCUCGCCCCGGAAGAAAGAAAGGAAGGAAGAAAGAAAGGAAGGAGCGGUGAGAAGCGACGUGCCGCGGUAUGUUGGCACGGGGCUGCUCCGCCAGCACGGGAGCAUCGCCUGCCGUACGCAUACCCGGCUCAGCUCCUCGCAGCCCCUUUGAUUUGAGGAGAAGGAAAUAAGAGCUGUCGGAGCUGUUGGCAAGAUGCGCUGAGGAAAGCGAGCAGGGAAAGGUCUUUGCUCUGCCUCCCCGCCCGGGUUGGAGCUGCUGCUGGAAGAGGGGCGGCGGCGGAGGGAGAAGAAUGAGCAGCCCCUCCGUGCCGGGGAAGAUGGAGGCGAAACCUUUGUUCAACGUGCAGAAGGCGCUGGUGCAGCCGGUGCAGAUGUGCAUGUUGGACAUCCCUCUGAGCGUGCAGGACGACGACAGCUCCACACAGGAGAUUGGAGAAGAGCUGGAGGAUGGUGUAAUCUACAGCAUAUCGCUGCGCAAAGUGCAGCUCCAUCACACAGCCAACAAGGGGCAGCGAUGGCUGGGGCAGUUCGAGAACGAGUCAGCCUUAAACCUCUAUGAGACGUGUAAGGUGCGGACGAUAAAAGCUGGGACCUUGGAGAAGCUGGUGGAGUACCUGGUUUCAGCCUUCAAGGGCAAUGAUUCCACCUAUGUCACCAUUUUCCUGUGCACUUACCGGGCCUUUGCCACCACCAAGCAAGUGCUGGACCUGCUGCUUAACAGGUAUGGCAAACUGCACGUGCAGACAAACGGGGACCACGCCAGGCACGUUGUGGAUGAGAGGAUGGAGCUGAAGAACACCAUCUCCUCCAUCCUGGGCGCCUGGUUGGACCAGUACUCAGAGGACUUCCGUAAACCCCCAGACUUUGCCUGCCUCAAGCAGCUCAUCUCCUACGUGCGCCAUAACAUCCCUGGUUCAGACCUGGAGCGCAGAGCCCGCAUCCUCCUGGCCCAGUUUCAGCAGCAGGAGCAGAGCGAGACUGAAGCAGAAGCUGUGGAUCACGGUGGCUGCACGUUCCAGCUGGUGGAGGAGAACGGGGUCGGGGAUGGGAAGUCAGAUUUCCUCUCCUUCUCCCCUGAGAUGGUGGCAGAGCAGUUCACACUCAUGGAUGCUGAGCUGUUUAAGAAAGUGGUGCCUUACCACUGCUUGGGCUGCAUCUGGUCCCAGCGAGACAAGAAAGGCAAAGAACACCUGGCACCCACCAUCCGUGCCACUGUCUCGCAGUUCAAUAGCGUGGCCAACUGUGUCAUUGCCACGUGCCUCGGGGACCGGACCCUGAAGCCACAGCAGAGGGCUAAAGUGGUGGAGAGAUGGAUCGAAGUGGCUCGGGAGUGCCGCAUCCUGAAGAACUUCUCCUCGCUCAGAGCCAUCCUUUCAGCUCUGCAGUGCAACGCUGUGCACCGGCUGAAGAAGACCUGGGAUGAGGUCCUGCGGGAGAGCUUCCGCACUUUCCAUGAGCUCUCAGAGAUCUUCUCCGAUGAGAACAACCACUCCUUGAGCCGGGAGCUGCUCAUUAAGGAGGGCACGUCCAAAUUUGCCACCUUGGAGAUUAACCCAAAGAGGGCCCAGAAGCGGCAGCAGCAGCAGCGAGAGAUGGGUGUGAUGCAGGGCACUAUUCCCUAUCUCGGCACCUUCCUCACGGACCUGGUGAUGCUCGACACCGCCAUGAAGGAUUUCCUGGAUGGAGGGCUGAUCAACUUUGAGAAGAGAAGGAAGGAGUUUGAAGUCAUUGCCCAGAUCAAGCUGCUUCAGUCAGCCUGCAACAACUACAGCUUCACUCAGGAGGACCAUUUUGUGGACUGGUUCCAUAGCCUGGAGCGGCUCAGUGAGGCCGAGAGCUAUGGGCUGUCAUGUGAGAUUGAGCCACUGUCCGAGUCAGCCAGCAACACACUGAAGGCAAAGAAGAACACAGGAAUCAUCAAGAGAUGGAGCGACCGGCAGCCAGCCAGCACUGAGCCCUGUGCCAGUGGCAGUUCCCACUCCAAGUCCUUUGACCAGCUCAAGUGCGGGCAGUACCUGUGCAGUGGGGAUGCCACUGACUCAGUCAGUGUCACCUCUGCUGGUUCCAGCAGCUCUGAUGUGGAGGAGAUCAACAUCAGCUUCAUCCCUGAGUCCCCCGACUGCCAGGAGAAGAAGCACUCGUACACCCCGUCUGUGGCUGAUGGAGAAGCUAAACCCACUGUGUCCUCCGCAUCCCCUCUCCUCCCUGCCCUCCAGUUCUGGGAAUCCACCUCUCUCUCCUCCCUGGACACGUCAGGCAUCGGCUCAGGCUCCAGCAGUGCCUCAUCAUCCUCCGUCUCCUCUACACCAGUGACAGCAUCCCGCACUCACAAACGCUCCGUCUCCGGCAUCUCCAGCUACUCGUCUCUCUCGCUGCCCCUUUACAACCAGCAGGUGGACGACUGCUGUAUCAUCCGUGUCAGCCUGGCUGUGGACAACGGCAACAUGUACAAGAGCAUCUUGGUGACCAGCCAGGAUAAGACACCGGUCGUUAUUCGCAAGGCCAUGGCCAAACACAACUUGGAUGGGGACCGGCCUGAAGACUACGAGCUCGUUCAGAUCAUCUCAGAGGAGAGAGAGCUGAAGAUCCCCGACAAUGCCAACGUCUUCUACGCCAUGAACUCUGCUGCCAACUACGACUUCGUGCUCAAGAAGCGGGGUUUCUCCAAGGGGGUGAAGAUCAAGCACGGCUCCAGCUCCACCCUGCCCAGGAUGAAGCAGAAAGGCCUGAAGAUUGCCAAAGGCAUCUUCUAGCCUCAGCCCCACUGCCACCCCUCACCGACGGGGCCUUGUGGGCAGGCUGUAGCCAGGCCUGGUGCUGUUGCCAAGGCCAGGAGUGAUGCUCAACCGCACCGAGAGCCGCUUUGGCACCUGGCGGCCCUUCCACCUCUCUCUGCACAAGCUCCCGUUUCAAUCAGGUCUUCUGUUUUUCUACCCAGGAAGGCAGCAAGGGGGGAAAUCUCUCUCUCUUUUAUUUUUACUUUUAAACCUUCCACGGUGCGACACGUCCAGCCACCACCAGCCUGCCCAGAGCAGGAGCCCGCCUCUCUGCCGUAGGUGCCUUGUGUCCGUGUGAGCCUGGGAGCGGCGGCUUGGAGGGGCCCUUUGCAAGGAGCAGCACAUGAGCCACUGCCACGUGAGCUGGGAUGGGUGCUCCCCUUCUCUCGGCACUGGUUUACUUCCACGUCCUUCCUUGGAUCACCUGGCAUUGCAACUACUGCCUGUCCAUGCCCUGGGAGAAGCUGUGCUGGAGAGGAUGCAGCCCCACGCCGGCGCCUCGUGGACCAGGGCUGCUGUUGAUGACUGGAAACCUCCACGUGGUCUCGCUCCUCUCCCCGAUCCAGCCGCCGGCCCGCGUUCAAACCUGCACCAAAGAUCAAAUGCCAGUGUCCCUUCUGCAGGCAGGGAAGCUUUGCGUGCAUUCCCGUGCCCCCAGAGCUGCCAGCCGAGCCAGGAGGAGGAGGAGGAGAGCAGACUGCUGUCCAGAUGUGUGUAAAUAGAGACCUCGUGUCUGCAUGGGCAGGCAAGGAGUCAGAGGAGCUUGGGGUGCUCCGACUGCCACCGCCUGACCCACAAGAAAGUGCCACUCACCUUGGGCUUUAACCUGACUGUUUCAAACACUGACUAAGGGAGAAGCAGCGAUGAGACUUCUUUUGUACAAAACAAAGGUUUACUGAUUUUUUUUUUUUCUCCUCUCAAUAUUUAUUGGUUGUAAAUAGAAGAGAUGAACUUGUACAUUCUACUAACCCAGAUCCCCCCACCCUGCAGCCCAGUCCCUCUCCUGCUCCCUCCCUUUUCCAACCUUCCCCCGCUAUUUAAGGCUGCUGGGAGGGAUGCUCACAGCAGCGAUGUUGCUCUGCCCUGCUCACACAGCGACAACCCAUCUGGCCUCUUCCCUCCCUCAUUUCUUUACCACUAGUUGCUCAAGCAGGGGCAGAGAUGCUUGUUUUAAUGGCUGUAGGAAACACUAACCAAAGGGGGGACUUCUUUGUUGUUUGUUGUUGCCCCUGGACCUGCUGGCUCCAUCGCAUUUGAGCACUUCCUCCCAGCACAUCUUUUGUUUCCUGUCUGUCUGUGCUGCUGGAUGGGGGGAAACGUGUUCCCUGCCUCCAGGAGAGGAGCUGGGAUGCAGCAACGCUGCACAGCAACACUCAGAGGAGCAGGGCUGGUGGCAGAACCAGGUGGAGAGAGGCUGCUUGUUUAUAAGCAUGGCUGGCAUUAGUUCUGUCAGCCCUCUGUCCCCUUGGGUGGCAUCACUUGGGUCACCAUGCCCACACUGCACAUGAUGGGAGCCCUUGGCACCCUGACGCAGGGGCUGCCUCCUGCCUCCCACCCUGCCCGGAGCCAGGUCACUGCCUUUGGGUGCCAGCACCUUUGGGCCUCCCCCUGGCUCCAUGCUGCUCUGUGCCUGCCAGCUCCUGCCCACCCUAUUGCCUCCCCUCCCUUCCCAUUGGUGUCCCCUGGAAGCCCAGCAUCACCGGAGGGACUGGCUGUACCAUAUGUUAUUUUGUACCACUUCAGUGAAGGAGCACACUGCCCAGUGUGACUUGUACACAGCAAUGUAAUUAGUCUUUGCAAUAAAAUACCGAUCCUCAAACAUCCCUGCCCUAAAGCAGGGGUUGUUCUGUGUCCCUUCCUGACUUGCUGGCCUCCUAGAGAAAGGGGAAUGGAUCUGAUUGUGGAGGUGAUGAUUGAGCCUGUUACUUUAUGGUAACCGUGCUGGGCUUUGUUUUGUACUUGAAUGAAGAAACAAGGCUUUUUUGUUUGCAGGA